UCAGCGUCAUUCCAUCGAUCGCAGGCGCGCUGCAAACAUGGCCGGCAAGGAGGGAGAUUAUUACAAGGCCCAGAAAAAAGAAGGAGGUUUCCUGCGGUUCCUGUACAACCCCGACACCAAAGAAGUAUUCGGCCGAACUGGCCUAAGUUGGUUUAAGAUCACCGUUUUCUACAUCAUCUUCUAUGCAUGCCUUACUGCAUUCUGGACCAUUAUGCUCAUUGUGUUCUACCAGACACUGGACACAAUCAGGCCUACAUGGGUCCUAGAGGGAAGCGCGAUUGGAACAAUUCCAGGGUUGGGCUUCCGCCCGAGGCCACCCGAGAAAAAUGUUGACAGCACCCUCAUCUACUUUAAGGCUGGAAAUGCAGGAACCUGGAAAUAUUGGGUGGAAGAUCUUCAAGAGUUUCUUAAGGACUAUGACCGGCAAGAGGCGGACGGCGAGCAUCUGCGCACGUGCAGCUUUGAGCAGCCCAUCGACCCCAAGGAAAACAAAGCGUGCCGUUUCGCCCUCGAAUCCAUUGCCAGCAACUGCUCCAGCGCACAGCAGUUUGGAUACGAGUAUGGCCAACCAUGUGUCCUCCUGAAGCUCAACAGGAUUUUCGGCUGGGUGCCGGAGCCUUAUGACAAUGGCUCAUACCCACAGAAGCUUCCAGACAAUGUUAAGAAUGACUACGAUCCCAACUACGUCUACAUCACUUGCGAGGGAGAGAACGUGGCUGAUGUGGAGAACAUGGGACCACUGGCUUACUUUCCUGGCAACCGCAUCGAGAAGUACUAUUUCCCGUACAUGAACACUCCGGGCUACCUGUCCCCCUUUGUGUUUGUCCAGUUCCUGCGUCCCGAGAGGGGAGUCCUCAUCAACAUGGAGUGCAAAGCAUGGGCAAAGAACAUCAAGCAUGACCGCCAGGACCGCAUAGGCAGCGCCCACUUUGAGCUCAUGAUUGACUGAGCCCCCGAUGUUGACAUGUGUGCCCGCUGUGGUGGCAUGCGCUUCUUUCUUUACACAAAACACGUGUGAUGCUACCAUCGCCGCAAACCGCCUUUUGACCUCUCCCUCCACCUUUUCAUCUAUCUUUGUUGCUUCCCCAAGCCCCACCCGUCUCCCUGCAAAUUCAUAUGUUCGUGUAUUAUGUGUGAUGCUCGAUUCUUGGUUCCAGUGAAGUCAGGAGAACGUUGGUGAACCUUUUAUGUUUUUUGUUGUCGUUUUCACUUUUAUUUUUUAGACAGCCUCUGCAUUUCAUUAAAUUCGUGCAUUUCUGGUUAAGCGUGUUAUAUAAACAACUAGUCUGCUGCCACAUUUUUUUUUUCUUCUCCCUCCCUCAGUCACGUUCAUUGCUACUUAUUGUUCUGCUGGCACUGUCUCGACGUGUCAGCGAAAGAGGAAUCAGUUUUGAAAGCAUUCAGAGUGCCGCCACUCCGUUUCGCUUUCACUUAUUCAGGGGCAGCUUUUUUCCAUGGACAUUCCAGAGAACUGCAGCAGCAACGUCUGCGAUCCUUUUUCGGUUGCUCCUCUCUUAUGUUCUCUUGUGCUGCUGCCGCAUCUCUAUCGUAGCUGUUGCAUAUUUCAUAUAGGUUGUUGGGUCGCAAUUCACUGCCCGAUUGCUCUUGUAUUCGUUUUCGUAUUUCGUUUUUUGAGAUUUAGAUGUAAAGAGAAAGUCAAUGCUGCAAGGAGUGUCUGUUGUUUUUCAAAGUCGGGGUUCCUUUUUUCUUCUCUCUUGCUCCCCGCAUGUACUGAGAUGCAUGGGGUCGCACCGCCAAGUGGAUUUCUCGAGCAAAAUAAAAAAAAAAAAAGUCACGAGGGUUUGCACGCGUGAAUAUUUUGUGGCACAUAAAGUUAGGCUAGAAUUUCUCUCGCUUGCCUCUGUAGCAACCUCGCGCAUUGUUCCAGACACAGGCAUUCAUUCGAACAGUGCCGGAAUGCUGCGUCUGGGUAUCUUGCCGAGCCACUAAAGAAGAAAAGAAACGCCACACACAUACAUGCAUUGCAGCCGUUCCCUAACCCAACCCGGUGACAGACCCUCUAGUUUGUGAUAGCUUGUUCUAGGAUGAGUUGGUUGCCACCCGGCACAAUGGGUAUUUGCCAGACUGGCGCAAACGUGCCACAUCCAAGGAGGUAGCAAUGGUUGUUCUUCAAGCCCUUGAGAAGGUGCCACAAUGAGGUGUGGCAGUGAAGUUGGCGCAUUUGAAUCGUGCUGUCUCGACUCAGUCGAACUGUAGAGAACAGGCUCAUGCACACGCGGGCGGAGCUGUGAUUUUGAGAAAGCUCUUGUUGUUGAGGCAGCCCUUCAACAUUUUUCUUUAUCCAUUGCGCAUGUGCUGGUGUUGUCACUGUAGAAAUGUGCCCAACACUGUGGCGCAGGGGAUUACCUUGUACGUACGCUAUUGCUUGGAAGAGUAAAAGUUAUUGACACUUGG